AUUUUUAGGGGCAGCAGCCAGCGGCUGGCCGGGCCAAGACAGGGGGAUAAGGCCACUUAAGCUACAUUGCACAUUGCCAAAGAAUUGCCAUUCCGCGCCAUCUUCAGCCUACAGCCCCUUUCCAGCUCCCUUCAGCCCAGGUUCGACGCCAGGACUGACCAGCAAGUCGUAUAUUCUCGACGUGUCGUCCUCUUUUGUUCUUUUUGUUCUUUCCCCCCCGUGCUCCCCAUACGCGAUCCGCCGUUUCUGCUGCUGCGUCGCCGAUCCAAUGACAGCCUUGUAAUGAACCUUAUCCUUCGACUCUCGUUAAUUCCCGGUUUUAUGGUCCGCUCCACGUCUCUCUGGUUCUCGGCUGAAGCUGCCUCGUCCCGUAUCCACGAUUCCCAAUCGUCCCCGGGCCAUCGCUCGACGACAGCCAUCUACGUCGUUUCCAACCAAGACCUCCUUUGCCCUCUGUCGUAGACGCGGCCUCGGUCGACCGACUUUCGAAUCAUGGCUCGAGCCGCUGCCGCUGCCGCGAAGCAGCCGCCCACCCACCACUCUAAGCAAAAGACAAAGGCUUCCAAGCCCAGGGACUACACCUCGGAGGGAGUCGACGACAACGAUGUCUUCCUGCUGCCCGUCUCUGACUACAAGGUUACGCUGGCGGUGACCAUCGUGGCUGCCCUUGUACGCCUGUACCGCAUCUACCAGCCCACCAGCGUUGUCUUUGACGAGGUCCACUUCGGCGGCUUUGCCUCCAAGUACAUCAAGGGCCGCUUCUUCAUGGACGUACAUCCCCCCCUUGCCAAGCUCCUCAUCACCCUCUUCGGCUGGCUUGCCGGCUUCAAUGGAGACUUCGACUUCAAGGAAAUUGGCAAGGACUAUCUCGAGCCCGGCGUCCCCUAUGUCGCCAUGCGCCUGUUCCCCGCCCUUUGCGGUAUCUUUUUGGCUCCGACCAUGUUCCUGACCCUCAAGGCUGCCGGCUGCCGCACUUCGACGGCCAUCUUGGGCGCAGGCCUCAUUAUCUUUGAGAACGGGCUCCUGACGCAAGCGAGACUGAUCUUGCUCGACUCUCCCCUGAUGAUUACGACUGCCUUCACCGCCCUCGCCUUCACCUGCUUCACCAACCAACAGGAGCUCGGGCCCACAAAGGCCUUCCAGCCCAGCUGGUGGUUCUGGCUCGUCAUGACUGGCCUCGGCCUGGGAGCGACUGUCAGUAUCAAGUGGGUCGGCCUGUUCACCAUUGCGUGGGUUGGCCUCUUGACGCUAGUUCAGCUCUGGGUUAUGCUGGGUGAUUAUAAGCACGUCACCAUCCGCGCCUUUUCCAAGCACUUCAUGGCCCGCGUCUUCUGCCUGAUUGUCAUCCCCCUCACCUUCUACAUGGCCAUGUUCGGAAUCCAUUUCCUCUGCCUGUCCAACCCCGGUGAUGGCGAUGGAUUCAUGAGCUCUGAGUUCCAGUCGACCUUGAACUCCAAGGGCAUGCAGGAUGUCCCGGCCGAUGUCUUGAUGGGCAGCCGCGUCACAAUCCGUCACGUUAACACACAGGGCGGUUAUCUUCAUUCGCAUCCCCUCAUGUAUCCCACGGGAUCCAAGCAACAGCAGAUCACCCUAUAUCCCCACAAGGACGAAAACAACAUCUGGCUGCUUGAGAAUCAGACGCAGCCGCUCGAUAUCCACGGUGAGCCCAUCAACGGGACGACCGCAUGGUUCAACCUCCCUGAACCCCCUUAUAUCAAGGACGGCUCGGUUCUUCGCCUGUACCACCAGCCUACCCACCGCCGUCUUCACUCGCACGAUGUGCGCCCCCCAAUCACCGAGGCUGAGUGGCAAAAUGAGGUCUCGGCCUAUGGUUAUGAAGGGUUCGACGGGGACGCCAAUGACUUUUUCCGCGUUGAGAUUGUCAAGAAGAAGUCCAGGUCGGGCAUUUCUCAGGACCGCCUCCGCACCAUUGACACCAAGUUUCGCCUCGUCCACCUGAUGACGGGCUGUGUUCUGUUCUCGCACAAGGUCAAGCUUCCUGACUGGGCUUCGGAGCAACAGGAGGUCACCUGCGCCCGAGGCGGCACUCUCCCCAACAGUCUCUGGUAUAUCGAGUCAAACGAGCACCCCCAGCUUGGCGACAGUGCCGACAAGGUCAACUACGCCAAUCCCGGCUUCUUUGGAAAGUUUUGGGAACUUCAAAAGGUCAUGUGGAAGACCAACGCCGGGCUUGUCGAGUCGCAUGCUUGGGAUUCUCGCCCCCCUUCGUGGCCUAUUCUCCGCCGUGGCAUCAACUUCUGGGGUAAGGACCACCGCCAGAUUUAUCUGAUGGGCAACCCCAUUAUCUGGUGGAGUGCCACUGCGGCUGUCGCCCUCUACAUUCUCUUCAAGGGACUCGCUGUCCUCCGUUGGCAGCGCAGCUGCAACGACUAUGCCAACCCCAUUUUCAAGCGUUUCGACUAUGAAAUUGGCACCUCGGUGCUCGGCUGGGCCCUCCAUUACUUCCCCUUCUUUCUCAUGCAGCGACAGUUAUUCCUCCACCAUUACUUCCCGGCUCUAUAUUUUGCCAUCAUCGCUUUGUGCCAGGUCUUCGACUUUGCCACAGCCAGAGUCGCCGGUUUCGGUGUCAAGGAGAACCCUAUCGUCAACAGGGUUAGCGCCUUUAGCUUUUUGGUGUUGUCUAUGGUCGUCUUUGGCCUCUUUUCGCCUCUUGCGUACGGCAAUGCGUGGACGAAGGCCGAGUGCAACCGUGUCAAGCUCUUCAGCACUUGGGACUUUGACUGUAACACAUUCUUGGACAGCUACGAUGCCUAUAGCUCGCUGCCUGCUGUUCCAGCUGCCCAGACGCCUCAGCAGUCCAUCUCCUCACAGCCUCCCCCGCCAGUAGAAUUCCCUGUUGCCGGCCAGCCGGCCCAGGUGCCUAUCGGGAACGUGCCGGUGCCGCCGCCGGCUCAAGACGGGAACCCGGCUAUCUCUGGAGCCCCCCUUGCCGCUGGCCAGCGGAUUGUUUCUCGCGAGGAGCGUGUCGAGUAUAGAGAUCAGAACGGUAACAUCCUCAAUGAGGAGCAAGUCAAGGCGCUUGAGGGCAAGGUCGAGUUCAAGACACGUUACGAGACGCGCACCCGUGUCGUCGAUGCCAACGGCAACGAGGUCCUUGUACCCGAAGGUGGCCCCCCGGCGCAAGAUGCUGCCAGUGUUGCCCCCCCUCACCCGGAUGUUCAAGGGGUUGACCAAGAGACGCCUAAGCGACUUGUUCCUGACGAGCCAAUCCCUUCGGCUGAGAAGAGCGUCGAGGGCGAGAAAGAGCGUGAAGGAAAGCUCGCAAAGCCCGCCAGCGAGGGCAACGACGCAACGGCGAAGGAGGCCGCCUAGAUCGCACCAACCGCCAGGAAAUAUCACACGACAUUGUGACUGGCUCUGAAAGCUCCAACGAAUAAGAUGCCAUGGAUUUUUCAAGCGGCCUCCUAGACUCUGGUUGCCAUACCAAGUCUCUAACUCAACUUGUUUUUUGUUGAGGAGCGUACACGGAUACGCGCAUGUAGGGGUGCAUGCGCACCAGAUUCUUGCUAAACUCUCACUCUUGUACCACCAGCGGCCAGCGAAGUAACAUCUACACAUACACAACGUAAUGGACACGAACAAGAAACUGGAAGGGAAAAGGCGGGUUGGAGUAAACCCGAGGGACGGACGGUCUUGUUUCUUUUGUUAAUUAAAUGCCAUCAGCGGCUGGGUGUAGAAGA